AUGUCUGUGAUGUUAGCGUUUCAGAACAUGCUGACCGCUGCGGUGAGGGAAGCAGUUCAGAAGACCCCCCGGCGAACUACAGAGGAAAGAGUUGAAGACUCAAGUCAGUCUAAAAAUGUGCAAGUUGGCAGGUCUCUGCUGGUUGAGAAGACUGCCUGGAACAUGGCCAGGCUUGCCCCGUCACCGGGUAGAAUGGUGGGUAUUUUGCUCAAGGAAGCCUUCUCUAGACGGCGGCUUAUCAGAAGCACAUAUGCUGGACAAGUGAGGAACAAAGUUGCCAAACCCGCAUUGAAAAAGUACCAGAAGAUGCAAGACAUUCAUAAUUUUGUUUUGGAAAGGUUUCCUCACACAUCAGAAGGGGCAUUUGGAUCACAUGUGAAUUCAUUCUUGGGAGAGAAGGCAAAAUUACCUCCAGAACAAGAGUACGUGAAUACGAGUGAAAGUGAGAUGGAGGACAAUUGAAGCUAGGAAGGAAAAGCCUGAAGAAAUUAUGACUAUUUCAUUGUUUAUUUUAAAUAGGACUUUUAGAAAAUAAAUGAACUUACUAAACUUCUGAU